UUUCGGGCAUUGUGGGAAGCGCGAUGCGCGGCCGGGGCCGGGGUCGGGACCGCACCGGCCACUGAGGCGCGGCGGCGGCGCCAUGAUACACUUUAUACUGCUGUUCAGCCGACAAGGGAAGCUAAGACUUCAGAAGUGGUAUGCUACACUACCUGACAAAGAGAAGAAAAAGAUCAUACGGGAAAUUGUUCAGAUUAUUCUGGCUCGCAAUCAAAAGAUGAGCAGUUUUGUUGACUGGAAAGACCUGAAGCUUGUUUACAAAAGGUAUGCUAGUUUAUAUUUUUGCUGUGCAAUAGAAGACCGAGAUAAUGAGCUGCUGGCACUAGAAGUUGUUCAUCGUUAUGUAGAGCUACUGGAUAGGUAUUUUGGAAAUGUAUGUGAGCUGGAUAUUAUCUUUAAUUUUGAAAAGGCUUAUUUUAUUCUUGAUGAAUUUAUUCUGGGUGGAGAGAUACAAGAGACUUCAAAGAAAUCUGCAGUAAAAGCUAUAGAAGAUUCUGACAUGUUACAAGAGACAAUGGAAGAAUACAUGAACAAACCUGCAUUUUAACUUUAAAUCCAUCUGAAGAGACAGAGAUGCUGCAUAUUACUUGUAAAGUUCAGUUGUUGAAAUUUGUUUUCCUAUGUGCCAGAUCCUCUGAGAGAUACCAAAAAGCAAUAACUAAAGGGAUUUGCUUGUAUAAUAGUCAAAAUGAAGGUCAUCUACAGCAGUGUAUGGGUCACAACUGCAUACCUGUAUUAUACUGUAUAUGAGUUUGUUAAACUGUUAUAAAACUUAAUCUAGCUACCAUCUUCGCCCCCUAGGGUGGAUUCCUUGUUUUAUGACUUCUGGCUACAAGCUUUUUCACUUGGAUAUUAAGAAAAUACUUGCAACAGAUAUUUAUACUAGUUUUGGUCUACUGCUGACUACACUACACUUUUUGUAGAAAUGUUCAUUAUUUUGAAUGUAAUGAUUGUCCUGGUCUAAUAAUUUUUCUAAAGACAAAAGUUUUUUGUGGGGUCUGAUUUCACAGAUUUUCUCUGAAGUUGUUAACCAAAAAUUCAUCUGCUUCUCAUCAGCUCAGACCCUUUCUUACCCCUUUUGAUUGAAAAUACUGUCCUUUCACUCCUGAAGCCCACUGUUUCUACUUAAUUCCAUAAAGUUAUGUCACUCCUCCUAGCUGCCUUACGAUCUUCCAUUCCACUGUACUGUUAGAACCCAUUUCUCUGAUGCUCUGUGCUUUUGGCCCAGUAUCAUACUUUUCUUUUGAAACUGGCCUGAGCUGCUGAUCUAACCUUCCUUUUUGUUGGAACUUGGGAGUCCAGGGGAAGGCUGGGGACUAAAAUCACCUUAGAAAUGUUGGUCUUUAAUGAGAGGUUACUCCUAGCAAGAAGGAGUUAGAUUCCACCCCUUCCUGGAGUCCCAACUUCCCCUACAUCUCAAAGUCCAGGAACAGCUAGACCUCUUAAAUCUGUCUGAAAUGGGCCAGUCCCAGUUUUCUAAAUAUUGCAAGUUACUCUAAUUUUUCAUAAGAAUGAGUACUUUAAACAACCAUUUGUAGUUCUGCAGACUGCACUUAGAGAUGGCAAGAAAAUGAGAGAACGUGAGAAGAACUGGGUAUCUGGACCAGUUUUAUGCAUGUGUUUGUGGGACAUUUUGCUAAAAUAUUGCAGAUUGGAAGAGAGGAGGAGUGGAACCUUGCCUAUUACCUUGUCUAACUCUCUCAUAGUCAUAGAGAAGUAGUGCUCAGAGGGACUUCCAGAGGUCAUCUCGUCCAACCCCCUGCCUGAGGCAGUAUCAUCCCUCUGCAAACAAUCCUUUACAACCAUAAUCUAAACCAGUGGUCCCCAACUGGUCCAUCAUGACUGACAAUUUGAUUGCAGAGACUCUUUUGGCCAAUCCUGGGCUGGGGGGGGAGGGAGGGGUGUGCAUGCAUGCAUCCACAUACUCCCCUCCCUGCCCCUAGCCCAGCAGGUCAGUCUGUUGGGGAGGGAAGGGGCAGGGGCCAGAUUGAGGCCCUCACAGUGAGGGAUGGACAGCGCGGCCCAGCCAGGAGCAGGGGAAGGUGAGUGGGGCCCCUGGGCUGCUGGGCACACACUGGCAGAAGCCCAAAGGGAAUGUGCCCCCCCAUCUCUGCAGAGGCAGUUGCCGCUGCACCUCAAGCCCCACUGCAACUAGUCACGUGUGGGCAUGGCUCAGUGUAGCAGCAGGACUCCCGUGGGGUCUGGCCCUGGUCCAGCUAGGUCUCUGAAGAUCUGGUUGUCCAGGAGCACAUUGUGCGGGGGCUCCCACUACUAAACGCAGCACAGCAGAGGCACCGGGGACCUGUGCCCCCCACCUGUGCUUGGGAAGGGAUGGGGGGAGGCACAGGCCCUUGAGGCCUCCACCAGCCUGCACCUAGCGGCAGGAGCCCCACCAUGCAUCCCUGGACCAGCCAGGCCAGGGCCUGACCCCAUGUGAGUGCCAUUGCUGAGCUGAGUUGUGCCUGAACAUGGGCAGCUGCAGUGGGGUGCAAGGUGCAGAAGGCAGCAGCAUCCACCUCCACCCUGAGCACAGGUUGGGGGGCACAGGCUGCCAGGGUACACCCAGGGCAGGAGCCCCCCCAACACAGAUACCUCUGGACCAGUGGGUAGUCCCAGACCCCACGCAAGUCCCACUGCUGCGCUUCAAGCCCUGCUGCAGCUGGCCUGGAAGCGGCCCGAUGCCAUGUGCAUUCUACCGUUGGACUGAGCCUUGCUCCCUUCCCGCUCAGCAGCGGGCUGCAUGUGGCAUUGGGCCACUGCCAGGCCAGCUGCAGUGGGGCUUGAGGUGCAGUGAAAAUUGACCCUGCCCUGUGCAUAUAUGGGGCUGGCAUAGUAUGUAUUAUAGUUUGUAGCUUAUAUAAUUAAUUCAGUAACAACAAAGCACUUGAUUAUGCACAUCCAAAAUAUCGCUCUUUUCUGGUACUACCCUUCCUUUCAUUUAACACCUGCUCUAGCCGUGAUUUUCAGUCGGGGAGCUGUAGCAUCCUUGGGUACCUGGAGAUCCUUUUAAGGGUGUCACAGGAUGCCACACAAUGUUAGCACUGUUCGGUGUGCAAACGUGAUUCACAAGACAAACUCAGAGAUUUCAAAUAGGGUUCCAUAGUGUUAAAACCAUUCUGACCUGCUUUGGGCUUUCUGAGUCAAAAAACUACUGAAAAACAAGAACUGGCAUUUUUCAAAGGGUACCUUGAGUCUAAUGAGGGAUGUCUUGCUGCUGUGCACUACCCUUUGUGCCCCAAGUACAGGUGGGAGGAGUCACAGGCCCCCAGGGCCUCUGCCUGGGUGCAUGCAGUGGCGGGAGCCCCCUUCACACCUGGACAAGCCACCCAGACUCCGAUCCUCCCACUUGCCCCUGCCCCACUUUCCCACUGCAGGAGCCUGACAUGCUGGGGGAGGGCUGGGGGGAGGGGUGGCACUGGUGCCUAGUAGACCCUGGGUUGGACUUCAAUUAAAAAAGUGAUUCGUACUUAAAAAGGUUGGAGACCACUGAUCUAAACCCUACAUAAGACUACUCUCAACCCUGAUACAACAUUGACCUAACACCCUAACCAAGGACAGGUAAAGUAGGGGAAACAUGGUAUCUAAUGUCCUGUUUCUAUAAAAUGGUUGUAAAUACAUACUCAAGAUGUCCCAGGUAGAGGGCCACACCUAAUGCUAUAGAGGGAAGUAGAAACCCCUGCAGCCCAUACCAGUCUGAUCAUGGGGUAAGCUUCCUUCCUGGCCCUAAAUAUGGUGAUCACUCUGACCCUGAGCAGAGGGACAAGAUCCUCUAGCCAGCAGCAUUCCUUCUAAGAUGCCUGCAUAGCCACACAGCUUAGAGGGAAUGCUGCUAGCCAGGAACUUCUGCCUUUGUUCCUAGCAGAAGAAUCAACACACCCCAGUUGAAGUCCCCAGCCUUAGCUGUAGCCAGCACCCAGUGCUUCUGGGGAGGCUUAAAAACACCCUGGCACACAGCAGAAAAGGGGAUUAAGGGAAGAGCAAUAGGCAGUGCAAAGCUUCAGUAGCCAAUUCGAUUUUGAGGAGAUUCGGCCCAAUUCGGCGGCUGAAUCUCUUAAAUUGGGUGACUUAUUAAGAGGUCUGAAUCUAAUUGGAAGCCUCUGAAUCAAUUUGGAGAGAUUCAGGGCCAAUUCGGAGAUUCAGCAAUCGGCUAUACAGAUUUCCCUUGCAUAAAGUGAACCCACUUAUGUAAAUAUUCUGGGCUGCACUGUGCCGUGGUGCAGGCUGCUUGUGUCAGCUGCUCCCAGGGCCACUGCAGAAGGGGCUGGGGGGAGUGGCAGCAAGUGGAGCCCCGGGUGGCUCUAGCCUACAGCGGUAGCCUGCUGUCAUCCUGCAUCCAAAUCCAGGGGCACUGGGCUGUUCUGAGCGCUUGGUGCACCCACCCUGAGCGCCGGGAAGAAUUAGCCUGGUGCUGCCAGUCUGCUGUCAUCCCACGCACAGAUACUGGGGCACAUGCCCUGGGAAGAGCCUGACACAGCCCCCAGCCCUCCCAGAGGGCAUGGAGCAGCAAGAGGCGUGCCCCACCCACCUCACAUAUCCACUGAUAGUUCUCAUUGCAGCUGAUGCUGGUCGCUCCCGGGGCUGCUGCAGCGGGGGCUAGGGUGAGUGCGGACAAGCUGUGCUGCCUCCUGUGCUGCCCAGGGCUCCACUUGCUGCCAUUCCCCCCAUCCCCUGCUGCAGUAGCCUUGGCAGCAGCUGACACCAGCUGCCUGCACCAUGGCACAGUGCAGCUCAGGAGCUGGGGUGAGUGGGGAUGGGACCUCUCCCCUACUCCUUCCCUAGUCCCAGCCUCGCUUCCUUCUUCCCUCACCACCUGGGAACAUAUCCCUAUCUGUUAAGGCUGUCCGAAGCUUCAGUAGCCAAUUCAGCAGCCAGAUUUCCGAAUCCGAAUCAGCCAAAUCAAAUCAGGACAGUGAUUCAAAUUACCAAAUUGAAUCACUGUCCCUCAAAUCGGCCAAAUCUUAAUUGAAUACUUGCUGCUUUGCACAGGCCUAAAUAAAGAACAGGCGGAGCAGAAGCAACUAGCAAAGCCCAGAAUCAUGGGAAAUAUCCAUGGUAGAAAGUAGGCAUAACUCUGUUUAGAUCAUCCCUGACCAGUGGCUGUGCACCUUCUUUGUGAACACCUCCAGUGAUAGAGAGUCCACAACUUACCUAGGCAGUCUGUUCCAACUACCUCACUAUUCUCACAGUGAAGAAGUUUGUUUUGGAUAUCCGAUCUAUAUGCUGCAACUUCAGACCAUUGGUCUGCACCCACCUCUGCAGCAUGAGAGAAAAGGUGCUUUCCCUCUUCCUUCUGGGAGCCCUUCAGGUAUUUGAAGUUUGCUAUCGUGUCCCCUCUUAAGUGCCUUUUUGACAAGUUGAAUUUGCUGAGCUCCUUCACCUUUUGCCAAUGAACUAUUUUGUUUUGUAAAAUCUUGAACGCUUUGCUCUCUCUGUGGUUUGAGCCCACUUCCCCUGAGAGAGUAUUCUAGAAUAUAAUAAGCUUCAGAGUGAAGACGUUUUUCCUGGUAUGCUUUCUUUUAUUCCAUUUCCCUUAGUGAGACCCUUUUUGUCUACUUAUCUAAUCAUAAAGUUCUCUUAUACAUAACACAUGAAACUUCAUCCAGAAGUGUAGAUGAAUGGCUUUAUUCACUUCCAGUCUUCUCCGCCUGUUGCCAAUGUCUAAUUCACUUUUUUCAUCUAUAAACUUCUUACAUCAUUACUCUAACUAUUUCACCACUCCCCCGUUCUUGGUGCAUUCAUCCAUUAAUGAUUUUCUAAACUCAUUGACAUCGUCUCUCUGACUCAUUGACACAAAGUACCACAUUUGCUAAUUACCAACCUACCUCUUUUUUCUUUCUGUUAUCUAAUCUGUUUGCCAGUAAAACUGUGAGUAGUCAGCUGGUAGUAUCACACUGCUCACUUUAUAAUUGCUCUUCCCAUCUGUUUUCCCCAUAUUGAUGUCAAAGGAAUACUUCCAGUACUACAGAAAGGAAUAGCAACAUUUCUAAAGGGCUUUAAAUAGCUUUCAUUUUUAACAUUCAAUUCAUGACAUUGUAUAGCCACUCCAGUAUUUUUUUUCAUGGAUUAAAAUGAGGUCAUUUAGAAAUAUUGGUCUGUAAAAUAAAGCAGUUCAUAAUGUACAGAAAGGAUCUUUUGAAAUGUUAGCACUUAUAGGAAUGCCUUUAAUAGCCAUUUAAAUGUUAAAUAAGCUUUAUUUUUUCCUUUGAUUUUGUUUCAGGCCAGAUAAUAAUGAUCAUAUUACACUGACAGUCUAAUAAAAAUAGAGGUUCUUGGUGGUUGCUGCUUGUGUGCAACAGAGUCGCAAGUUUUUUUGCCUUUCUGAUAAGGAACAGAAGGCUUCCUGUCAUCUUUAAUAAUGAUCCUAGUAUCAACAAUAUGGCAGAUAAUUAGACGGAUUGCUUUAUGAAUUUGUCUAUUUAGUGGAAUAGCCUAGGUACUUAUGUUGUUCACAAUCAGUAUAGAACCUGAGUUAAAUAGUGUGGUGCAAACUUUCUGCUCUGCUCAGUUAGGGGACUGCAGGGGAGCUAAUGUAGCUCUCAUUCUUGGGUUAGUUCUAUCCUAGACAUGGUAUAGACUAGAAUAUGUUAGGAAUUACUGUAGCCUAUGAUAGUGGACCAAAGGAUCAUUAGAGAGCUGCUGGAACCAAAUGCAUCCAUAAAGUCUCCCUGGCUCUGUGUGCCCUUCCAUCUCUAUGGAUCCCCACUGUCUUUACCAUGGAAUCUGUGCAAGGGGCUUAGCUACAUGUAGUGCAUUGCUGGAUCAGGCGUCCUUACAUUAUCUUUGGUCUUAGAUCUUCUUAAAGUAGCCAAAGCACAAAAUUAAAAAUAUCUUGGUGGUUUGUCCAGUUUGGUAGCAUUGGUAUUUUGCUUUACUCAAUUUCAACAGCACUUUAUUCUACCAGAAGCUUACUAAAGUUUUAGAUUGUUUAAUCAUUCAGUAAUAAUGUUGUCCAAUUCAUAUCAGUAAAGCAGGUUUUCAGAUAGUCUAUUAUGUAAUGCUAUUCUUAAUAGCCAGCCUCAAUAUCAAGAUAAAAUACAAUGCAGUUAUCUAAACUCUAACCUUGAUGAAGCACUUGGAGCAAAAUUGGCCUAGUUUACAAAAUUACUUCUACCAAAAUAGCCAUUGAAUCCGGUCAUGUUUGUGGCCUAGAUUUUCCUUCCUUGCUUGCUUCUGUGGACUGUGUCUAAUGAGAAGCUUUUCUCUCUUAUUAGCAUUCUCUGCCUGCAGGCUUCUUAUUCUGAUCUUGUCACCUAUCAGUUGUGACAGGGCUAGUUCUUUGUUAUGCUACUAAUUGUGACUCAUGGAUUGUGGCAUCAUUGAAUGUAUCAGGGCAACUGGAGAGACAUCUUUAGACUUUGACAUCAUUACACUUAUUUUUAUCCAAGGAAGUAUGAAAAAGUAUGAUGUUAAAAGAUGUUUUGGGGUGAAAAAGAUCAGAGGGUAUUACAAGACCUCUCAAAGUCUCAUGAGGUCACUGGAUUUAUCUCUCUCUGUCUCUCUGUCUACAAUUUCUAGUUCACUGAAAUAUUUUGCCUGUUUACAAACAUUUUAGGGGAAAUAACUAUAAGCUAUUCAAAACUGUUUUUGUUUUGUAAUGAAGCACUUCCAAAAUGGAGGUGUUCAAGACAAGUACAGGAGACCCUUGCCAUUCAUGGGGGAUCCGUUCUGGAGAUCCCUGUGAAUGGAAAAAUCUGCAAAUACCGACGGGGCUCCCUGUCAAGCCGCACAGCCGCCCCCUGCUCCACCCCCCCAUGAGAAGCUGGAAGCAUGGGGCUCCCCCACAGCACCUGGGGCUGCUUCUGGGGGAGAAGAUGCCGACGUUGCCACUGCCUCCCUCCCCGUCCCCAGUGUUUGCUCUCCGCAUGCCUGGCUCUACUCUCCGCUCCAUGCUCCUCGGCUCUGCCCUCCCCUGCCCCGCGCAGCGCUCCAUGCCUGCUUACAUGGUGGCAGGAGCUCGAUGCAGCGCCAGAGGGAGCCGUGGCGGUGCUUGCACUGACCCACCCCAUUGGUGUGGCACACCAUGAAUAUUCAAAUCUAUGAAUAGCAGAUUUACGAAUAGCGAAGGUUUCCUGUACAAACAACACUUAUGAAGAGUGCAUGCUUUCAAAGAAGUAAAUCAGUCUUCAGGGAAAAUAGUGGUAAUAUCUGGUUCAGGAUUAUCUUUUGAAAAUUAUUUGUUGAACCAAACAGCAUGAGCAACAUGGUGCUGUAAGAAGGCUAAAUAUAGAUUUUUCAGUAUUUAUAUGUAGCUUCAUCCUUUUAUUUAGCAUUAGCCUCCAUAGAAGUAAUACAGAUGCAAUAAUGAUACAUUAGGGGGCAGUUUGGAUUAGUUUGAGAGAAGAUAAAGAGCUAAGUACUGAGCACUGAGACUUUCAAAAAUACCUAGAAAAUGUAGAUAUGCAUUGGAAAAAAAAUAUUUGCACAUUCUUCCCUAUUGAUAGAAAAGGAUGAAAUAGAUGUUAAGGAGAAGAGCUUCCUACUUCAAUGAGUUAAUAACAUUCUACUUCCCCUCAAAACACAAUGUUUUUGCCACUACAAUUUCAGUUCUUGUGGAAUAAGUUGCUUUACCUCCAUGUGAAAUCAAUUUAAGUUGGAAACUUUGGUCCCAUUCAUGUAGACAGACUCUCAUUAACUUCAUGUGCCUCUUCCUAGACAUGGAAUCAACUCAUACAGUAAUGGGUUAUUGUUUUGUUUUGUUGGUUGAUGUUUUUUGGUUUUUGUUUUUAAGUACUAUCAGGAAUCUGCCACAACCUGCUAAAAAAAGCAUCAUUCUGUGAAAUCUGGUGACCUUUAAUAAAUUCAUUAAGAGUGCAUAUGCUUCAGCAAGGUCAUAUAACAAAUAAAAUCUAGUUGUGCAAACUA